AGUUUAGUCGCUCGAAACGUUUAGCAGCAUUUUCGUUUUGUACUCUCUGGUUUCUGGUUCUCGUACUGCUCCUCCCCGUACCGUCUUGUCGAACAAACAAAAUAUAAAAAAAAAUAAAAAAAAAAGCGGCCGUCUUAUCCGUGUGUAGAACGUUAAUUUCAUUGAUUUUCACAAAACAAUUUAUUUAUGGAUAUUGGUUAAAGGCUGCUAAAACAAGAAAUAAAAUAUUAAAAAGAAACAUGCACUACAACAACCAACCCUGAUAAACAAUCCUGAGAGUUUCACGUGUGGCAACGUUUUGUGGGCAAUCAUUAAGCUAUACACGUAACGUUCACUCAGGUAUCCAAGAACUACUACAAUUACAAACAACCAAAGCCAAAACAACAAAACAGGCAACAGCAAAACUAGCAACAACAAACAGCAAUAACAAUAAUGACGCCAGAGAAAUCGGUUUUAGCCUAUAUCAAUCACCUGAUAGUCAGCAAUUUUUCAUACUUCUGGGACGAAAUCGAUGGGUAUCUAAAUUAUUUUGGCGGAACUUUGGGCACUCUAACCUUGACCAGCUUAGCGGCCAGUAUUGCCUACUACUUUGUAACGCGACCAACACCGGAAAAACCAUUAGUGCCUCUGGAAAAUCAAUCCCCAUUGCUGGAGGGUCCAGAACAAAUACACGUCUCCAAAUUCUACAAGGAGUCGAAGAAUGGUAAAUUUGUAUCCUACAUCACAGAGAAUGUGCGAACAUUGUAUCAAACGUUCCGUGAGGGCGCCUACGCCUCCAACAAUGGUCCCUGUCUCGGCUGGCGAGAGACCCUAACGUCCCCCUACCAGUGGAUCAACUAUGAUGAGGCGCUGCUGCGUGCCAAGAACUUUGGCGCCGGCAUGCUGGCGCUGGGAGCACGCCCCAAACAGCUGAUUGGCAUCUACUCGCAGAAUCGUCCCGAAUGGAUACUGUACGAGCAGGCGUGCUAUUCGUUCUCGCUGGUUGUGGUCCCACUGUACGAUACCCUCGGUCCAGAUGCCUGUUCUUUUAUCAUACGCCAGACAGAGAUGGCCAUCAUCGUUGUGGAGGAUGAUGGCAAGGCAUCGAUGCUGCUGGAGAAGUCGCCGCGCAGCUUGAAGAUCAUUGUCUCAAUCAAACCGAUACGCCAGACGACAUUGGAACGUGCGCGCAGUCGUGGCGUUCAGAUCUUCUCGUUCAUCGAUGUGGAGAAAUUGGGCGCGAAGGGCAAUCAUCCGGAGGUGCCGCCCAGCGCCGAGGAUCUGUGCACCGUUUGCUAUACGUCCGGCACCACUGGGAAUCCCAAGGGCGUUAUGCUCACACAUGGCAAUGUGGUCGCCGGCGUCUGUUCGGUUAUACUGCAAAUGGGCGAUCAUCGCAUCCGGGCGGGCGAUGUGAUGAUCUCAUUUCUGCCGCUGGCGCACAUGUUCGAGCGGUGCUGCGAGAAUGGCAUGUACUAUGUGGGCGGCUGUGUCGGUUUCUACUCCGGCGACAUCAAGGAGCUGACCAAUGAUCUGAAGAUGCUCAAGCCGACGGUGAUGCCGGCCGUGCCUCGUCUUCUGAAUCGUGUCUAUGACAAGAUACAGAACGACAUUGCCAUCUCCGGCCUGAAGCGUGCUCUCUUCAACAUGGCCAUGAAGGCCAAGGAGAAAGAGAUAGCCCGCGGUGUGCUCCGGCGCAAUGGCUGCUGGGACAAGCUGGUGUUCAAGAAGGUCCAUCAGGCCUUUGGCGGCAAUCUGCGACUCAUGGUCGUCGGUUCAGCGCCGCUGGCCGGUAAUGUGCUGACCUUUAUGCGUUGCGCCCUCGGCUGCUUGGUGCUGGAGGGCUAUGGCCAGACGGAAUGCACGGGCGCCAUAACGCUAACCGUUCAGGGGGAUCAUGUGCCCAAUCAUGUUGGACCGCCCGUCUCCUGCAAUGCCGUCAAGCUGGUCGAUGUCCCCGAAAUGGAAUACUUUGCCAAUCAGAAUACAGGCGAGGUUUGUGUGCGUGGCUCUAAUGUUUUCCAUGGCUACUAUAAGGAUCCAGAGAAAACGACGGAAGCCAUCGAUGCCGAGGGCUGGCAUCAUACAGGCGAUGUGGGAAUGUGGCUGCCCAAUGGAACACUGCGCAUCAUCGAUCGUCGCAAGCACAUCUUCAAGCUGAGCCAGGGCGAGUACAUAGUGCCCGAGAAGAUUGAGAAUAUCUACACACUGAGUCAAUAUGUCAAUCAAGUUUAUGUCUACGGCGAGAGUUUAAAGAGCUGUAUUAUUGCUGUUGUUGUACCUGAUGUCGAUGUGCUGAAGCAGUGGGCCACGGAGAACAAUGUCCGGGGCACCCUGUCCGUCCUGUGCAAUAAUAAGAAUGUGAAGGAACUGAUUAUGAACGAUAUGCACAAUUGGGGCAAACAGAGUGGACUGAAGUCAUUCGAACAGGUCAAGGAUGUGUAUUUGCAUCCGGAUCCGUUUUCGGUACAAAAUGGACUUCUCACGCCCACAUUCAAGGCUAGGAGGCCGCAAUUGAAGAGCUAUUUCAAGCCACAGCUGGAGGAUAUGUAUAAACAUUUGGAUUAAAGCAAUAAACCAUAGGAAAUCAAGAACAACGAAUCAAUUAAUCAGCAUUCAAAAUAAACAACAGAUUUAACUUUAUGUCUCAACUGAUCAAUACACAGACGACCAUACAAUACAAUAUUUUGAAUACCAAUACAUAGAAAUAAAUAAUAUUAAAAAAAAAAAACAGAAAAACAAGAAUAGAAAAGAACAGAAAACAAUAUUUGUUAGAAUAUUGUGAUAGACUCGAAACGAACCUCAGUCUAAUUUUCCGUCAAUUCUUAGCACGUAAGCGGCGCUGGAUGCAAUAUUGAGAACAAAACAAAAAAUGAAAAUCUUGAAAAUACUACAGAUUCUUAACUGACAAACCAAUUUUGGCAGCAGCAUUUUACUAUAUAGUUUAAACCAGAACUAGCAGCUCGUAUCAAACAAAACUAAUAACCUAACAAUAAUACGUUAACUAUUUGUUAAAACCCUAUGGUUUUUGUAAGCCAAGAGAAUGUUUCAAAUUUAGCAAUGAUUGCGUAGUCUGAACGAAAACAUAUACAUAAUUAACAUAUUGAGAAAAAUUUUUUAAAACCAAAGCUUUAAUAACCUAACACUCUUAUACUACACUCAACGUUAGUUUAAAUAAUGAAAAACAAAUGCUAAAUUAUUAAAACAAAAAGUGAAUAAUAAUACAUUAGGUAAAUAAAAAUACACGCUUUAAGAAUAUGAAAAGAAAA